CCAUCAAUCAAUGCCGGCAGCCCUGUACGGUACCAGGUACUUGUACUGAUAGAUCAAAAAGCUGCGCAGUGUCGAGUCACAAAAUUGCGUUUGCAUCUCUCAUUCCUCUGUUUUUGCGAAAUUCGUUUCCAAGAAAGCCAAACCAAGCAAAGAAACAAAAGAGAACUCCCCACGCAAAGAAGUUCGUUCUCGUGAUGUUGUGUGGUCGUUCCCGGCAAAGCGAGCAUCGGUGCUAGCGGACACCCACACAAAAGACGCUGGACGAACGCAUAGUACCGUACUGUAACCAAGAGCGGCCGAAGCACGCGCCAUGGCGGAGGGCAGCAACAGCAGCGGGGUGGCCCAACGGGGRGCCGUUCCGRCAAGGGCCGGAAAGACCGAUACCGGAAGCCCCGCCGCGGGGGGGCCUCCCGCUUCGGCGGCCCUCGAGGAAAUCCGUGCCAGGCUGGAGCGGGCCCGCAGAAAGAAGAACGAAGCGGAACAGCGCCUGCGAGAGCAACGCAGGCAGCAAGAGCAGCAGCAGCAGCAGCAUCCAAAAGAGCAGCAGCAUCCAAAAGAGCAGCAGCAGCAGAAAGGAACCCCGCCGGAAUUUCCCGGAUCCAAACCCAUCUCUAGCCUCCCAGAUACCCGAGCAGAGAAAGCCCAGGAAGCAUCCGCGGCGGAGGUGGGGGGGACCCCCGCUCCCAGCAGCAGCAGCAGCAGCAACUCCGCGCGGGAAGCCCGGGCGGCCCUCGACCGGGCCCGUUCCAGGCUCGAGGGCGCCCGGAAAAACCGUGACCGCGCCAUUCGGAUGCAGCAGCAACAACAACAACAACAACAACAACAACAACAGAAGCAGCAGAAACUCCAGCAGGAGCUCCGGGCCCGGCGAGGUCCCGGGCCGACGUCCUGGAACCGGAGCAGGUGGACCGGGUGGAACAGCAACAGCAGCAACAACGCCAACCCCAACGCCAACAACACCGACGCCGGCAAUCCCCUCGCACCGGUCUCGGCCCUCGCCACCCCCCUCGUCAUUUCGGGGAUUUCUCGGCUGGGUCCCCCGAGGCUCGUCCGCCACCCCUUCUCCCGCUCUGGAAGGAACCACGCUGGGCACGGCGUUGACAACAGCAACGAUAGGGACAACGAGUCUCAGGGAUCUUCCUCUUCCUCGUCGUCGUGGUCCUACAUGGGGGGCCUGGCCAACCGCGAGCGGCUCGUAGAAAUCCUCGGGGGAAACGACGCGAUCGACGCUCUGCACCGCGGAGAAGAAGCACCCGAAGCGAGCCCCGGCGAGGACAGCAGCGGCAGCAGCAAUGAAUCCCAGGAAAACGCAUCKGGCCAAACCGGACAGAAAGCGGAAGAGGGAGGUCCUCGUCCUAGCCAGUCCCUGGCCGAGCGCAAACUCCAGCUCCAAAACGAGUUGAUGGCCCUGAAAGAAAAAUUGGAAAGAAAGUCCUCGCAGCUCCAGCAGCAACAACAGCAGCAGCAGCAGCAACAGCAACAAAUACGAUCGGAUAGCCACAACGACGCGGCCAACAUCCGCACCGAGGACCACAAGAAUGCAAAAAAGACCGAACGAAGCCUGACCAAGCAAGACCUGAAAAAACGCAAGGCGGAAGCCCAAACCGUCAUGGACAUUUCCUAUUGGAAACACUUUGUUUCCAAGCAGGGACACCUGCUGGAACAGGUCACCAGCAAGCUGCAGAGCAUGGACGAGAAUUUCUAUUCCUUUCCCAAACAAACCCCGGAGGCAACGCGGGCCGGGCGGGCAAAGACUCCCGAAGCGGCCGGGGGGAAUGCCAAAGGUAUUGCCACCUUUCAGGAUUGCCUCCGCGAGCGGCACUCUACCAACGUUGCGAUUGCGCGGGUCCAGGAAGACCUGGAAUCCCUCGAGGCGAGGCAACACGUGGUAGAAGGGGGCAUUUCCAUGGCCAUGGCGAACCUGCUGGAGGCCCGGCAGGCCCUGUACCAGGCAAAGCUGUCCGAGAGCCAAAAGGCGGGGUAUCUCCCCAGGAGAGUGGUCCGGGCGAACGAAGCCAUCAACAGCGAGGGAACGAAAUGAUUUCGUGAAACACCAAGCGAAUCCACCCGGAUUGGGUUGGCACCGCACGCGAGCUCGAUCGGGGCCGCCGAGCAGGUUGGCUUGGGCCGAGCAAGGAUCCCAGUGGGUCGGGCACGGUUUGAUCGAAAAAGCACCAGCGCGUCCGUCUUAGUGCCURCCAUUCCACAUUUGUAGCAAUCGACGAGACAAAUGUCCUAGUUUCACAACAACAGCGUCCGAAAGACGGCGAAUCCUACAAYCAUACCAACUACAGCGUUCUAACAUACAGCAACAC